AUGAUCCCUUUGGGUACUGUACCGAGAGGAUCCCCAACGGGCCAACAAGCUGUGACUUGUCGUAUGUACUGUUACAGUACAGUGGUCAGCAAGUCACGACCUGCUGACCCGUCCUGUAACAGUACAUACGCGCGCUGCGGCGGUACUCCCAGGCCCGGUGUCCGGGCCGGGGCGAGACCUUACCUCGCUGACACAUUAUUGAUUCGCAACGAAUCAAUACUAUUCGCGUUCAUUCCUUGGAUCCUAUUCAAUAGGAUCAUACAUACCCUUUGGCGUCCAAUCGGUGGCGAUCACACAUUACGAUUCACGAUUCAUUCCUCGGGCCCCAUCCGGAUUCCUUCACGAAUGCAUCCCCAUCACGGUGGCAAAAGGAUUGGCCCGUUGCAGCCUGGGCCUACCUGUAGUGCACAGGCUGCCUCCAACGCGGAUUCGGCAUCAUCUAGCAAGUUGAGCUCAGGAGAGGAGGGUGAGCCGGAGGAAGAGGAAGCUGGCACGCAAGAUGAGCAAUCUCACAAAGAGGAUAAGAAACCAAUUCUCACCAGCACGCAAGCAACCCUGUUAAACGGAACGACAUACCAUCUUGACCUCGAAUCGUUCGAAAAGACGCUGGUUCACCAACGAGAUUGGAUUGCUGCGUCGCUGGAGAAAGAGAAGAUGACCAACAACAUCUUUGAGUCCCUGAGGGUCACUGGUUAUCGCAUCGAAGGGGUCCUUGAGAGUAUUCGGAAUGGCACCUAUCGCAACCAGAAGAACUCGUUGGUUCAAGUUCUAGGGAUCCCGAUGGAAGAUGAUCCUCCCACAAGUACCCCAGCUCCACCUCUCCCACCACCCGUCUCGCAACCACUCUUCCAUCCCGAACCGGAAGACGAAGACAAUGACGAAGAGGAAGACACCACGGCAGAAGCCGACUUCCGUGCCGAGCCUCCUGGAGCGGAUGAUGAUUACGAGCCGCCUCGCAAACAAAGAGCGUCUCAGCGCCUCGCCACGGUUACCUCGCAAGCUUCUCAGACCCCUAUCCCUUCAACCGUGCACACCCGGAGCCCUCAGAAGAAAUCGAAGCCUCCACCUGCGAAGGGAGGUUCGAGUGUGGGCGGCAAGUUUCCCAAACCGAAUCCCGGUGAUGGCAUGCCAUCUCAAACGCCCUCUCAAACCCGAGUCAAUCCCACACGCAUGGCCAAACAGACGUCACGACCUCCGCCUUCUAAGCCUAGCCCACCGCCGGCUCGUCUUCCAUCACCUCCGCCUCCCCCAGCAAAUCCUGAAUUGCAUCGAGCAGAUGCUGGAUUUCGGCGAAUCAGCAAUGAAAUUCUUGACUAUGCGCAGCGAGCGUCCUGGUAUCCACCAAUGCGCACUAGCCCGUCCGACCCCUUCUACGUAUUAUUCUCAACGCCUUUCAAAAUCCCACCUGAACGCAACCCCCACCUUUCUCUCUCUCAUUAUGUCAAACAACAUUGGGACAAGACCCUACAUUACACUCAGCUCCUACAGAAUUUGCGCAGUGGUUUUGAUGCGUAUCACUUGAUGUUUUCGUGGCUCCGUGCCGUGAGGAGCCUACCGGGCUGGGCCCCGCUGGAUACCCUGGACUUGUACGAUAGGUUGAACCCCUUGCUGACGGCCUUGAAGAAGGGGGAACGACUUCUUGGCCAGACUAAGCCCCCCUCCGGCAUUUCAAUUUGCAAAAGCUAUACCGGCUCAGCCAUGCAUUCCCCCCAACUCUCACUUGUUUUGCCUUCCGCAACCUCUCACGCUGAUGUUUCGGCCGACCCAUCACCAGCUGGCCAUCACGGUGUCGAACCCUCGCCGGGGGACCAGCAUUUCCAACCACCAGAGAAUCCACCAAUCGAUGGUCCCUCUUUAGAUGAUGCUCCUACAGACGGUUCUCCCAUCAAACUCCCGCUAGAACUUCCGGAUAUGAUUGACAAGGAAAUAACCGCAAUCGAGGCCCUGUUACGCCAGCCAACCCACAUUCCCGUAGGCAUUGCCACGGAUGAUUUCGCUGUAUUCUUAGAUCACCCGCUUUGGCUUCCAACACCUGAUGAUGAUGAAGAAGAUGGAACCUGGGGUCUCUUUGUCAAGACAAUGGAUCGUCAUCUAGGGAAAGAUGUCAUCCUGAAAAAUUUUCGACGAGGUGCUCAUGGCUUUGAAGGGUUGUUCCGGCGAUGGGUGACCACCUCCCGAGCGGUCAAUCACUGGCCGAUUCCCAGUGGAGACCUUUACCUCCAGUCAAAAUUCGACUCAAUGACCCACUUCAUUGAGUCGCAGCGAAUUCUCCCGCCACCACCUGACGCUGCGGACCCCCCCACCGGCCAACCGAUUUCCUUACCAUCCCAGCUUCAUUCAACUCAAGGGUCCGACGAUGUUGGACCCACUCCAUCUUCCGCCGUGGUUCCUGGGUCAGGUCCACCCCCGGAACCAACCUUGACCACAAUUGGUCAACCCUGUCAAACGGACCCCACCCCUCCUCCCUCGCCUCGUAUCACAAAUGGCUCCACGGAUGCUGUCCAAGCCACAGCAUCCGCUGCAGCCAUUUGUGAUACCGGAUUGUCACGGAACCCGAUUUCAAAGCAGGCUGAUCAACCUCCUUCAGCGGACCCCGCGCCUUCUCUCUCCUCCUCGCGAAGACCUUCUCUUGAACCGAUACGCGAACCCGAUGCUCAUACCAUCGCGGGCUCUGCCAACACACCUGGCGAGCCAACCCCCCCUACGUUGGAUGUAUUGAUCACGGAGAAAACCAAAACACCACCACCUUCCCCUCCCAAAAACCCAGCCCCACUCCCGAUCAACCCACCACGCGGCAUCCCUGCCAGGGGUCUUGCUGUUCCUGUCAACGCCGACGUUCGAACCGUGGUGGCCAAGGCCAGCAUCUGGGCUGUCAGCGACCCAACAAUCUUCGAGGUGACAAAGAAGACUGUUAGAUCGAAGACAAUCAAUAAGGUAGACGUGCCCGACAUUUAUCGCGCGGCCCUCAACCUUCUGUGGUUGAGAUCUCAAGGCACCAAUCCAGCGGUGUUGGAUGUUGAGCCCUCACCCCCACCAGCCUUCAAAAUCCUUCCCAAAAGUAAACUCCGUGUCCACACGUGGCUGAAUAAACCUCCGACUCACACGCAGUUUGUCCGAGAGAUUCUUGCGGUAUUCUCACACAGCUCGACCACCAAGAUUGAUCAGGGUGUUAAAUAUGUCUUGGCCGCCGUUGCAUACUGCAAUAUGGAAAAUGUCGAAAUAUCACCUCCCGCACCCUCUACUCUCGCUACGUGUGCUAAUGUCAAGAUAGAGAAUGGCCUGAGGGCUGCUCAUCACUACCAUCAGCUUCAACUUCGCACGAGCAACUCAGUGGUGCGUGAGUGUGUGAUGGCCAUAUGGGAUUUGGUCAAUAAGAUUUAUGGCAUGCUAGAGGCUAUUGCUACCCUUCGAGCCCUAUUCCGCCACACCGAAUUCAUCUUCCAACAACCUGAACAGCAGCAUGACAAGCUUGAACAGGAUUAUGCCAGCCUUGCCAAAUCAGUUGGUGUGGGUCAGGUUCCACCGGUACAAUUUGGACUUCUCGUAGCCUUCCUCACAUCAGGCGUGAAGGGCCUCUUAAUUUUUCCCCGCGACCCUACCAGAUUUGGGCUUUGCAAACUUGCCCCCUUCUUAGUUCUAGUGAGCCAGUUGCAAGCCAAACGACCAAUCGAAGAACCAUUCUGGAAACACACCCAACAUUUUCUGCUCGAGAUCAUACGUGAGGCCCUUUUUCCACUAGGUUUUCGUACUGCAAAUGCCACACUGGAUGACCCUUCAAGUCAGGACGAAUGGCAUCCCAAAGAGUGCUCAAAGCUUGACCUUGCUUGUGCUAUCCAAAGAGAUUUGGCUGCCUUUUUGUUACUGCAAAAAUGUCCUGCCAGCAAAGGUGUUACCCAUUUCAUCAAAUACAAAUAUUCUUUGCCUAACUUGAAUCCCACCUCCACCAUAUCAUUUGUGCUACCACCAUAUCCACACAACCCCCCCAUCCCAUCAUAUAGUUACCACAAUAUGCCUACACCCCUAGGAUCCAAUGCUACUGCCCUUGGACCUCAACAUAUCCUGUGCUCAUGUCUGCAGCUGGGAUGUUCUCAAAAGAGGAUUGAGUACAUGGGCAAAGUCUAUCAAGGCAGAUUGUUCAGUCAAACCAGAUAUCCCAAGCACCUUGCAGAAAUCAAUAGCUUAUUGGAAUCCACCACACCUCUGCCUGCCAACCGUCCAGCCCCCCAAAGGGAACCACCUGGUUUUGCUCAGUACUCCAAUUUUCCAGGUCCGGCUCCAGUUGUCCAGGUUGCGUCAACCAGUCGUGCAGUAUUGCAGCCUGCGCUUCCACCAAUUGGAGCUGCCACACCUAUGCGCAGCAACAAACGGGCCAGAGAUACUGAAGAUGACGAAAGCAUGUCAGGCCCUCGCCAGCCAAAAGCUCCCCGACAAGAUCAUGGCCACACGCAAAUCACAACUUCCACCCCACGUCGAUUCUUGCAGGAUCCGCUAUGCAUGCGUGAAAUGUUCAAAGUUGCCAAAGAGCACCUGUUCCAUAACGUCGGGGUCAAAGCUUGUAACAAAAGCCUUGCCAAAGCUAGAGAGAGUGUCAAGGAACAAAAGCUCACACAAGAUCCAACAACCAGCAACAAAGUUUGGAAAGAAAUUCCUCUAGGCCUUCCAACCCUUCUGAAGACACUCAAACUGGAACCAUCUGUACAAUCAAAAACAUGUUGCCCAUUCUGCUGUGCUUUAUCUUCCAUUCAAGAACCUUUACCCCUCAAUGCAUCACCAGUUCCACUCUGUGAUGUCCCACGAUUUACUACAAAAGCGUCAACAACUCUACCCCGCAAACCUUGUCAAUCUCCUCUCUACGAGAAACCAUCAGGAACUGUUCAGAAACCCAUGCGCCUCUUCUUUUAUCAGUCGCUACGUUCUUGGCUUGGAAAGAUGCUUCAGUAUCACUACUUUGAAGAAGGCAUUGAUGCACACCUCAAUCGUCAGCAACCUGCCAAUGAUAGAAUGGAUGAUAUAUGGGAUGGUACAUUGUGGAAAACCUUCCAGAAAGACAGCAACGAAGACUUCAGUUGGUGUCAUGCUCCUCACAUGUUUCAACCUACCUCCAACAAUACGAUACAAAAAAGAGAACAUCUGCAUUUAUGGUAUCAUGCCAGGUCCAUCGGAACCAUCACUGUCGGAAAUGAAUCAUUUUCUCAAACCACUAGUCACUGA